AUGAGGCAAAAGCUUAGGGAGGAGAAAGGAGUGGCAUAUGAUCCAAUAUGUUUAUUGGACAUAGAAUCCGAUGAUGAGUGGACUAUGGAAAAAGAAGAUCCUUGCUUGCUGGAUGAUAAUUCAUGGAUGGAUGUUCAAGAAUGCUUCAACAUAGAUGAAGGUGCUCCUAGCAAUAAAAGAGCCAGAGGACUAAGGAACUUGAAUGCUAGCAACAAAAAAGCUAAAGAAAAAGUUAUUGGAGAGGAAGAUGUAUGGCCCAUUUUUUGUGAUGAAGAUGGAGAAAGAGAAGAGGAAGGUGCUAUAUUCCCGUUCGGCAUGCGAAUAGAAAUGGAUGAUGUGUUGGAUUUAUGGACUCUCAACACUAUGGCAGAUCAGCCUACAGGUCACCCAAACGUUCAGGUGAAAUUUCAGGAAUUCUUGGAUGGCUGGCUUAUUCGUCAACAAGACUUGUUUGAUCGGCUUAUUCUUGCAAUCAAACCAGAAAAUAUUCACAAAAGUGAUGAUCAACAUCAAACCCUGAUUGAUGAAGUUUUGUGUCAUUAUAAGCAAUACUAUGAAGAGAAAUCAAUAACAGCUAGAGAAGAUGUGUUUCUCUUCUUUUCUCCACCGUGGUUCACUUCUUUCGAAAGAACUUUCCUCUGGAUUGGUGGGUUUAAACCAUCCUUGGUUUUCAAAAUACUAAACGGCUCUGUCAAGGACAUGACAGACGAGCAACAAAAUAGGAUGGAGAUGGUAAAAGCAGAGACGAAAAGUGAAGAACGAGAGCUAACAGAGACAAUGGCGAUGAUACAAGAAAACAUAGCGGCAGGACCAUUACUGAUAUCGGCGAGGCGUGCUCAAAAUAUGGUAGAUGGUGAGGCAUCAUCAGAACUAGAGGCGGCCAUGAGAACCCUGCGCAGUGGAAUGCUGGUGGCCUUAGAUACGGCGGAUGGGCUUCGUGCGACGAUAGUGAGGAAGGUUCUGCAGAUUCUGUCACCGAUACAGACAGUUCAGCUUUCGGCGGGAGCCGCUGAAUUUCAAUUAAGACUUAGAAGAUCAGGUUUGGAGUGGGACAGACAAAGGGUAAAUCGCGAAUAA